CGCCGAGGAGCCCGACGACGCACCGUGGCACUGGCACGCCCUUUGGUUGACAUGCGUAUGUACCUAUGAGCCUGACCGCAAGAACACACCGUAGGGUAACGACGUGUAGGGGGAGGAUGGCGGCCAUGGAUUGAUCGAUGAAGCUUGCCCCCCGGGUAGAACUGGAAUCCCUUACGCAUAUGCCAUGGUCCGUGGGCUCCACCUCCCCGGGCAAGAAAAAGAGUCAUCCGCGGAGAGUCAUAGCUAGUUAGCUUGUUGUGGAGGGGACGUGGGGGAUACUUAACUAGGUGCCCUCUCCCCGUCUGCUUCUGCUUCUUCUUCUCCUUCUUCUCACACUCCCCAGUUCUUCCCCCGACCCACCCGUGUUUCUCUUUCGGUGUGCCGUUCUGUUGGCUUUCUUUCAUUUUCCCUUCUCUUUUAGGGAAUCCCAUAGACGACGACGGAUACUAAGACCAGUUGAGUUCAAUUUAACGACAACAACACCAACAUGUCGCCCGUACCAACCACCACGUCCGGCCUGACGGAGCAGGGCGUGCAAACCACGCUCAACGAGACGGCGCCCUCGCAGGCCAAUGGCACCACCAACGGCACCACCACGCUGGCCGAGCUCGACGCCUCGCAGCUCAAGACGACGCGCACGCCGACGCCGCGCCCCGUGCCCGCGCCCAACUCGCCCGAGGUCUACGCCCAGAGAACCUGCACCGACCACAUGAUCACGGCGUCGUGGACGGCGGCUCAGGGGUGGGCGGCGCCCGAGCUGAAGCCCUACGGCCCGCUGAGCCUCAUGCCCACGGCCAGCUGCCUGCACUACGCCACCGAGUGCUUCGAGGGCCUGAAGCUGUACCGGGGCGUCGACGGGCGGCUGCGGCUGUUCCGACCCACGCGCAACUGCGCGCGCAUGUGCACCUCGGCCGCGCGCAUCUCGCUGCCGGGCUUUGCGCCCGAGGAGCUCGCAAAGCUGAUUGCGCGCCUGGCCGCUGUCGACGGGCCCCGCUGGCUGCCCAAGGACCGUUCCGGCCAGUUCUUGUACGUCCGCCCCACGCUCAUUGCCAAUGAUCAGACCCUCGGCGUCCAGAAGCCAAAGGAGGCCCUGCUCUUCGUCAUCUUCGCCCUCUUCCCCAACAUGGACGUCAGCAUCCCCGCCGCGCUCCCCAACGGCACCACCACCGACGGGACGGCGGCGCGGCCGGGCCUCAAGCUCCUCGCCAGCCGCGACGACAUGGUGCGCGCGUGGCCCGGCGGCUUCGGCUACGCCAAGGUAGGCGCCAACUACGGCCCGUCGCUGCUGGCGCAGGGCGAGGCGCGGGCCGCGGGCUUCGACCAGAUCCUGUGGCUGUUCGGGCAGGACAGCGCGGUGACGGAGGCGGGCGCGAGCAACUUCUUCGUCGUGUGGCGGACGGCGGAGUCCGGGCGCCUGCAGCUCGUCACGGCGCCCCUCGACGACCGCAUCAUCCUCGACGGCGUCACGCGCCGCAGCGUCAUCGAGCUGGCCCAGCAGCGCCUCGCCAACGGCUACAAGGCCGCUGAUGGCGACGAGGAGCUGCUCGAGCCCAUUGACGUCGUCGAGCGCAGGUUCACCAUGCUGGACGUGCUGGCUGCGGCCGAGGAGGGCCGCCUCGUCGAGGCUUUCGCUGCUGGCACCGCCUUCUUCAUCGCUCCCGUCGGCUUGGUGCAUUUCCGUGGCCGCGACCUCGAUAUCCCGCUCGCGAAGGGCGAGUCGGGUCCCUAUGCGCGCGUCAUCAAGGGCUGGUUGAAGGCGAUCAUGUACGGCGAGGAGCAGCACGAGUGGGGUGUUGUGGUUGAGGAGGACGAGUAGGCGUGAUGUGAGAUGAGACGUGUGUUGUCGUCGUUUGAGGGCCGCGAACCUGGAACGCGCAAAGCCAAUCGGAAUGUUUAGACGGACGGGUUUCUACUUUCUAGUAGGGAGGGGGAGGCGUCGCGGCGAAUGAAUCAACGUUUAACUAAUGGAAAGAUGUAGAUAGAUACGGAUCUAUAUGUACGAAUGGAUGGAAAUAGAACAAUUGGCUUCUCGAAAAAUUGAGCCUACCUACCUA